AUUGGGAUUAUACAUAUGUACUGUACACCACCUCUUAUUUAAACGAAACCGUUUUUGGGAAUUUAUAUAUCAUAAAGGGGUGAUUUUCACUAAUUUGUUUAUGCAAGGAAAGGUUAAGGUAGCUAAAAACAGUAGUUUGUCGAAUACAUGGAAUGCCUUGAAAGCAAGUAUUUUUUUCGCGCUAAUUCUGCUCUCAAAUUUGGUAGGACUUAAAUCUUUUACAGAUGGAUUUCUACUAAGAAGAGAAGCCUCAAAUUCGACAUCGUCUUGUUCUGAUCGUCCACUAAAUAUAUCACAAUGGAAUAAAACCUCUGAAUGCUGGGCUCCAAAAUUAUUUACCAAAGCUGUUAUAGUUGUUAUAGAUGCUUUGAGAUAUGAUUUUUUGAUACCUUCUAACGAUUCCUUUUAUUAUCAUAAUGCCCUAAACACUCCGUAUGAGACAUCCAUUUCACAUCCCGAGCAUUCUAUCUUACUUCAAUUUUUGGCGGACGCACCUACGACUACUUCUCAACGACUAAAAGGGUUGACUACUGGUUCUCUUCCAACUUUCAUUGACGUUGGUUCAAACUUUGCAGGUACAAACGUUGAUGAGGACAAUCUUCUGUAUCAAUGGAAAUCAAUGGGUAAAGACAUUGUUUUGCUAGGAGAUGACACAUGGGAUGGUUUAUUUCAUGAAUUCUUAAAUCAGACAUAUUCUAGACCUGCUUUUUCCUUUAAUGUUCCUGACCUUCAUGGCGUAGACCAAAAGGUGAACAAAUAUCUAUUUGACUAUAUUGAACAUAAGCCAUGGGAUAUUCUUAUCGCGCAUUACUUAGGAGUCGAUCAUGUUGGACAUCGGUUAGGUCCAAACCACCCUACCAUGACAGAAAAGUUAAAAGAGAUGGAUGAGUGUAUUAAAAGAAUGAUGAAUUUGAUCGAUGACGAUACUCUUCUUUUAGUUAUGGGUGAUCACGGUAUGGACAGUAAGGGCAAUCAUGGCGGUGAUGCUUUUGAUGAAAUCAAUUCCGUCCUAUGGAUGUAUAGUAAGAAACCCGCCUUCAAAUCAUUUGACCUGUUCGGUGAAGGACGUUUUGCCAAUCAAGUUGAUUUGGUCCCAACAUUGAGUUUAAUACUUGGAAAUGCUAUACCAUAUGGCAGUUUAGGAACUCUCAUACCAGAACCAUUUUACUUUCACGGAGCUAAAUAUUUACACGAUUCUAUGGAGUUAAAUAUGGCUCAGAUCAAUAGGUUCUAUCGAAGUUAUGAACAUAGAUAUGAAAGUAAAAAUGAAUCUGUUACCAAGCCUAUUAUGCAUACCGAAGACGAAUAUUUGGAAUUGUUUAUACAAAGAUAUACAAGUUCCAAACGUAUUUUCGAAUAUUUUAAAAGUAUUUGGGCCGAAUUCAGUCUAUUACCGAUGCUCACAGGGUUCGUUUCAUUGGUUGUAGGCGGUUUAUCUCUUACUUUGCUGAUGAAUGACAAAAAUGCUCUAAAAAAUAGUUCAGAUUUGCUAUGGGUUACUUUAAAAAAAAUUAUACUUUCUUCUCUGCCGAUUAUAUUUUUCGGAAUCUUUAUUCCUACUCAGUUUUUAAUGCCAUUAUUCACAUUAAUUCCGAAUAUAACUAUUUUACUCCAGCUGUCUGGGAAGGUAUCUUUCGACUUUCUUUUUACUUUGCCUAGUCUGCAUAGCAUUUUAGCAUUGGGAUUAGCUAUACUCCAUGUUUGCAGUUUUGGCUCUAAUUCUUUCACGAUAUGGGAAGAUCGAUUGACUCAUUAUUUUUGCGUUACAUUUGGUUUUUUGUUGGUUUGUAAAAGCUUUACAAAUAAAGAUAUUACAUUGGCUCUGAAAUCAUCGUUUUGGUCUAUUCUUUUCAUUAUCCUCCAGUUUUUUACAUCAUACAUUACAAACUGUCGUGAAGAGCAAGGUUUCUUUUGUACAAGUACUUACGUCUCUACUCCAAGUAAUACUUUUCGAAGCUUAAUAGCCUUGUCACUCUCAAUACUGACGUCUGUGUCAUUUCCUUGCAUUUUAAGAAACCAUGUAGAAUCAACUUUGAAUGCUACAAUAUCGAAAAGGAAACUAGUAAUAUUGCAUGUUUUUGAAUUCCUUUCAUCUAUUUUUUGGGUUACACAGCAUAUGUUGGCUAAUAGUUCUUCUCUAGAAAUUAAAUAUGGUCAAAUCCUUGUUUAUAUUGCCAAUAUAUUUCUAGUUGGUAUUCUUACUUGUUUGCUUUGGCAAGUAUCUAUAUUUUCUAUAAAUAUUCAUCGUCGUCAAAAAUCAGGCAAUGGAGAAGUACUGGUCGCAGUCGACGAAUAUUACUUUAUUUUUGCCUUGUUUUCAUCAUUACUAUUGUUCCUUCAACGUCCUCUGGGUAGGCUGUCCUUACAUUCUUGCCUAAUCCAGAUAUUAUUAUUGUUGCGAAUUGAAAAUUCCCAGGCUUCGCCGGGAGUAACAUUUAUGUCUAUUUUAUUAAGUAUUCUGGGGUUGUCGCAUUUUUUCACAACCGGUAAUCAGGCCGUCAUUUCUUCCCUCGAUUGGAAUUUUGCCUUUAUUCAUUCUACCUCUGCAGAAAAUCAAGUUAUCAGUGGUAUCCUUAUGUUUUUCCACACAUUAGGUGGCCCUAUAAUGACUUGUUCAUCCCUUCCUUUGUUUGCAGCUAAGCCUUACACCUCUCAAAAAAGGUUUUUUGGAAGUUUUCUUCUAAUCUGCUUUUCUUUUCUACUGUAUUAUCUAUCAAUCGCAACCAGCACGGUGUUCUUUGCUGGCUUUUUUCGAAGACAUCUGAUGGUAUGGAAGAUCUUUGCUCCUAGGUUCAUGCUUAACGGUAUUCUUUUAUUUACCCAACAGUUGAUUAUUUUAGUAAUGUGUCUCUGGAACUCGAUCUUUUCUUUUACCUGAAGUAAAACAUGCAUGCGAAGCUCGAUUAACUGUACGAUCAUUGUCACAAAAAGUUCAAGAUUUAAUUGUUUUUGAAUGUUUUUAAUUAACUAAAAAUUUAAAUAAAUUAGCUUAAAUUCCAAAAAAAAAACUCAUUGUUCCUAACCAAGUAGUAUUCUACGUCUUCAAAUGACUAUCCAAGUUUCAACGCCGAAACACGGAUCGCUAAAUGCAG